AUGUAGUUUUUGCGCUAAACUCUUUCAAAUUCAACCAUUCUGUACAACCCUCAAAUAAUUCAAACUGCAGUGGCAGUAAUCGUGAAUAACAAUGAAAUACUGCUGAUCAGACGCAAAGUAAAUGCCAGAGAUCCUCAUUCAGGUUAGAUCGCAUUUCCUGGUGGCAAAGUGGAAAAGGAUGAGAACACAUUGUAGGCUGCAAUAAGAGAGACUCAGGAGGAGAUAGGAGUGAAUCUAAACGAAAGUCAUCAUUUGGGAAGAAUGGACUAGAAUUAUGAAGCAUAUUAUAUAAAGAACAAGCAUCUAAAGAUAGCAGCUCACAUCUUUUAAUUGGAUGGACAAGUGGAAUUUAUUCCGAACGAGAAUGAAGUUGAUAGAGUGAUGAGAUUGCCUUUGAACUAGAUAAGUUUAGAGAAUAUGGGUAUUAAAAAGUACAAAAACAAAUCAGUGCAUGUAUUUGCUCGUACUGUUGAGAGAUAACAAUACUUAUCGGAUAUAGUGAUGAAGGGAUUUUAAUAUUAAUAGUUCCCAUAUUACAAAUUAGAAAAACAAGUGUUUUAUGGGUUGAGUUGGCUUGUGUUUUGUGAUGUAUUACAGAAAUUGAAAUUGCAUUAAGAUGUUGUUGAUUUCACGUUUAAAAAUUAUCAUUAUGGAUUUGAAAAUGAUAUUCGAAAGGAAUAGUUUUUCGAUGAAUGGUUCAAGAAGAAGAGAUUAAAUUAGUUUAUAUGUAAUUGA